AUGAAUUUUUGCUUCAAGCGCGAUCCCCGCGUUUUUCCGUUUGCCCAGCGACUAUCCGCGGAAUUCAGCGGCGACGGUGACGGCGACGGCGACGGGCGACGGCGGCACGUCGUGUGCGACGAAACGACCGCAAGAGUAGGAGGUGAAGUGGAGGAAGAGGAGCAAAAAGCGCCGAGGCGACGGGCCGUGGUCGGUUUCCUUGGGUUGCUGCCGGAUCUUGAAUCGCCGCUGGACCUCGCUUCUUCAGACCGUCUUUGGACUACAGCUGUGCAUCGCUGGACUUCGCCCUCUGGACCUUCGCUGGACCGCCUUUUGUGGAUCUCCCCGUAG